GGAAGAACCUAAAUCCGAAGGCAGCUGCCCUCCUGGAUCUUGGGAUUCUUAAAAGAGAGUGAGAUCUGUGGUCCCAUCUUGCAGUCACACCAAUUAUCUCUAAUUCAUAUGCACUCCAGCACCCCUAUCAGUUCUUUGUUCUCCUUCACCAGCCCAGCUGUCAAGAGACUGCUGGGCUGGAAGCAAGGAGAUGAAGAGGAAAAAUGGGCCGAAAAGGCUGUGGACUCUUUGGUGAAGAAGCUGAAGAAAAAGAAGGGUGCUAUGGAGGAACUGGAGAGGGCGCUCAGCUGUCCUGGGCAGCCCAGUAAGUGUGUUACAAUCCCACGCUCUUUGGAUGGAAGAUUGCAAGUGUCUCAUCGCAAAGGUCUACCACAUGUCAUUUACUGCAGAGUCUGGCGCUGGCCUGAUCUUCAGUCUCAUCAUGAGUUAAAACCACUGGAAUGUUGUGAGUUUCCAUUUGGCUCCAAGCAAAAAGAAGUGUGCAUUAAUCCUUACCAUUAUCGGCGUGUGGAAACCCCAGUGUUGCCUCCAGUCCUGGUUCCAAGACAUAGUGAAUUCAACCCACACCUCAGCCUCCUUGCCAAAUUCCGAAAUGCAUCCCUUCACAGUGAGCCGCUGAUGCCUCAUAAUGCAACCUAUCCAGAUUCUUUCCAACAACCUUCUUGUACUUCUUUCCAAGCAUCACCCAACAUGUUUGCACAGUCACCUAACAGUAUGAGCUACCCUGACUCCCCAGGGAGUUCUUCUGCACCAGGAAGUCCUUAUCCACUCACAGUUGAAACUCCACCCCCACCUUACAAUGCAAGAGAAACCCCAGGGAACCACAAUGGACGCCUAGUACAUGCAGUUGCAGACAGUCAGUUAGUGUUGUCUUUGCCCAAUGGAGGUAAAUCCACCACUGAAGAACUUAAAAACUUCCGACCUGUUUGCUAUGAGGAACCACAGCAUUGGUGUUCGGUAGCAUACUAUGAACUCAAUAAUCGAGUAGGAGAGACGUUUCAGGCCUCUUCUCGAAGUAUACUGAUUGAUGGCUUUACAGAUCCUUCAAACAAUAAGAGCAGGUUCUGCCUCGGGCUUCUGUCCAAUGUAAAUAGGAACUCUACUAUAGAAAACACCAGGAGACACAUAGGAAAGGGUGUCCACCUGUAUUAUGUUGGGGGAGAGGUAUAUGCAGAAUGUGUGAGUGACAGCAGCAUUUUUGUACAGAGUCGCAAUUGUAACUACCAGCACGGCUUCCACCCAGCCACUGUCUGCAAGAUCCCCAGUGGCUGCAGCCUGAAGAUUUUCAACAAUCAACUCUUUGCCCAGUUGCUUGCCCAGUCGGUUAACCAUGGUUUUGAGGUCGUCUAUGAGCUAACCAAGAUGUGUACCAUCCGGAUGAGCUUUGUGAAAGGCUGGGGAGCAGAGUACCAUCGUCAGGAUGUUACAAGUACUCCGUGCUGGAUUGAGAUCCAUCUGCAUGGACCGUUGCAAUGGCUAGAUAAGGUGCUGACGCAAAUGGGUUCCCCCCAUAACCCAAUUUCCUCUGUUUCUUAA